AUGCCUCACACACGGGACGUCGACAGCGCAUCGUCGACAAGCGGCCAAUCAAAACGGCCUCCCCUCAACCAUCAGGAGAGCGACUCUCAGAGCGAGAGCAGCGGCGUCCACCAUCAACAUCAGCGCCGACAUCACCACGUCCGCCAUCACCAGCGACAGCACACCGUCGGCCACCUACACCACGCUCGCGCGCCCGCCGCCAAGAACGCUCCUAAACAGCCCAAGCUGAACCGUCGCCAUACCUCCCCAGCCGACGAGAACCAGCAACAGAUACAGCGAACCGCAUCCUCGGGCAACAAUUCCCACCGCCGAACUGCCAGCGACGCGAGACUAUCGUCCCGCGAGUCCUCAUCAGCCAAUCUCACAAGGAAUUCGUCGCAGGCCAAGCUCGGCAAAAGCUCGUCGCAAACCAAGCUCCUCAAGAGUCCUUCCCAAUCAAGGAUCGUCAAGAGCCCCUCCCACUCGAAGCUCAAGCGCAACCGCUCGCACACAGAGAUUGGCAAGCGAAACCGUUCCGCGGAGCUGAAGCGCGCCUCAAGCACCACCAUUGUCUACCAGACGCAGACCUCCGGUGGGAAGUCACAGGUCCACUUCGACUUGGGCAACGACGGCCAGGACGACGAAUGGGUCGAUGCCAGUGGGUCUAACUCGCCAUACCUCUCCCGCAAGGGCUCCCUCAACAGCAGCAAUCACUCUGUCCAUCAUCCCGACGACCACGCCGCGACCUCUCGACCGAUCACCCCCGUCGAUCCCGUCCCUUCAGCCCAGGCGGGCCACCAGGACCAGCCUGAGCAACCUCCCAUGUCAAGCCCGGAGCGCAUCACAUCUCAUCAGAAAGGCUACCUCACAUCCCGCAUCCUACAGCGCACUCCCUCACACGGAGCUCCGCCCCAGAUGAGCGCGGAUCUGGCGCAGGUUGCGCCCCAACACUUCGCCCCAGCCUCGGCUGAGGGCCGAGAUUCGGGUACUCUUAUGGGGAGUAACCAGGAUGAGCUUACCUCUCGCUUCGUUGAGGCCGCAGGGUCCGGAUUGACCAGUGAGGGAUCUUUCUACCGGCCACCUCGGGGAGACUAUCACCGCUUCGACGAUACUCCUCAAAAACCUCGCUCCAUUGCCAGCAUCUCGGGAGAUCGUGAGGCCCCUACCAGCGCGCCGCAACAGAAGGAAGAGGUCGACGACAGUGCAUUAGCGCCCAAGUCCUCCCGACGGACAGCUGGUCCUCCCGCCCAGACGUCACGGACACAGCAGAAGCUGAAUCUCCAGCGGGCUAGCUCUGUGAUUGAGCCGGGACAGGCAGUCGGCGGAGUCGGAGGUGUGGUCGGCCACACGCCGCUGAUUGGCGUCGGCGGACCCGGCUAUGACGGGGCAAACAGCCGCGACCCCCGAGUCGGCAAGCUCCUGGAGCGCACCGGCAUGGAGUACCUCGUCGUUCGUCGACAUCAGAACCCGAUUUCACGGUCCAUCGAUCGCCUAAACCGCCUCCCGGGCAUGGACAAGUCGCUUCGUAUUCCAUCCGCCAGCCUCGGCUCCGCCAACGGAAAGCGAUCCCUCGACCUCACCAUGCGUCACCACACCCGCAACGUCAGUAUGCCCGACGCUCGGAGACCCGUGACGCCUAAGCGGCCUAACUCGGUGCGGACGAACGGCGCGGCAUCAAGCUAUGAUGGCGGUGAUGACGACGGCAGGUUGACAGACCGGCUUAGCGGCUCGAGCUUGGUGGGCGGCGAGGAGGAGGACGGCACAGCAGCCUUGCUAAGGAAUCUGUGGGAAAAGUCGAUGGAGUUGAGUGCGAGCACAGAUUAG